AUGGUGCCAGCUCUGAAGGUCUUUCUCCUCUUCACCCUGCAUCUCUUGUGGGAUGUGAAAAGCUCCAGGGUCCGUCUGAACAACAAUGGGUAUGAGGGUGUGGUCAUUGCAAUUAACCCCAGUGUACCAGAAGAUGAAAGACUCAUCCAAAGCAUAAAGGAAAUGGUAACUCAAGCCUCUCCUUACCUGUUUGAAGCCAGCAAAGGAAGAUUUUAUUUCAGGAACGUAAGCAUUUUACUCCCGAUGACCUGGAAGUCAAAAUCUGAGUACUUAAUGCCAAAACAAGAAACAUAUGACAAAGCAGAUGUCAUAGUUGCUGAGCCUCAUCUGAAAUACGGAGAUGAUCCCUACACACUUCAAUAUGGACAAUGUGGAGACAGAGGACAGUACAUCCAUUUUACACCAAACUUCCUACUGACUGAUAAUUUGCCUAUCUAUGGACCCCGCGGCAGGGUUUUUGUCCAUGAGUGGGCCCAUCUCCGGUGGGGAGUAUUUGAGGAGUAUAACACAGACAGGCCCUUCUACAUGUCCACAAAGAACAGGAUGGAAGCAACAAGAUGUUCCACUGGCAUCACUGGCAAAAACGUGGUCCGUGAUUGUCAGAGAGGCAGCUGUGUGAUAAGGCCAUGCCGACGUGACUCGAGGACAGGGCUGUAUGAACCCAAAUGCACGUUCAUCCCAGACAAAUUUCAGACAGCCUGGGACUCCAUAAUGUUCAUGCAAAAUCUCAACUCCGUGGUUGAAUUUUGCACAGAAAAAACCCACAAUACACAAGCCCCAAACCUACAAAAUAAAAUGUGCGAUCACAGAAGCACGUGGGACAUAAUCAAGAAGUCUGCUGACUUUCAGAAUGCCUCUCCCAUGAUUGGGACAGAAGUGCCGCCUCCACCUACAUUUUCAUUGCUGAGGUCCAAACAGCGAGUGGUCUGCCUGGUGCUGGAUAAAUCUGGAAGCAUGAGCGCGGAAGACCGUCUUAUUCGAAUGACUCAGGCAGCAGAACUUUAUUUAACCCAAAUUGUUGAGAAGAAAUCUAUGGUUGGAUUAGUCACAUUUGACAGCGUCGCCAAAAUCCAAAAUUAUCUAAUAAAAAUAACCGAUAGUAGUGACUACACAACCAUCACUGCAAACCUCCCUCAAGAAGCUUCUGGCGGAACUUCGAUUUGCAGGGGACUUGAAGCAGGAUUCCGGACAAUUACUUCCAGUGACCAGAGUACGUCCGGUUCUGAGAUCAUAUUGCUAACCGAUGGGGAAGAUGAUAAAAUACGUUCCUGCUUUGAGCAGGUCAGAAACAGCGGCGCCAUCAUCCACACCAUCGCUCUGGGGCCCUCCGCUGCCCAAGAGCUGGAGACUCUGUCAAGCAUGACAGGAGGGCUUCGCUUUUACGCCAACAAAGACGUAAGUGGCCUUAUCGACGUAUUCAGCAGAAUCUCAGCUAUGAGUGGCAGCAUCUUGCAGCAGGCUCUGCAGUUGGAGAGCAAAACCUUGAAUAUUACAGGGAAGAAAUGGAUCAAUGGUACAGUGCAAGUGGACAGUACCAUUGGCAACGACACUUUCUUUGUUGUCACCUGGACAGUACAAAAGCCAAAAAUUAUUCUUCAAGAUCCAAAAGGAAAAAAGUACAUAACCUCAGAUUUCAAAGAUAAUGAACUAAAUAUUCGCUCUGCUCGACUUCAAAUACCAGGCAUCGCAGAGACAGGUACUUGGACUUACAGCCUCUUCAAUAAGGAUGCCAAUUCUCAGUUGCUAACGGUGACAGUGACCACUCGAGCAAGAAGUCCUACCACGCCCCCGCUAACAGCAAUGGCUCACAUGAGUCAAAACACAGUGCAGUACCCUAGCCCAAUGAUUGUAUAUGCACGAGUCAGCCAAGGGUUUUUGCCUGUUCUGGGGGCCAACGUCACAGCCGUUAUAGAAGCUGAAGGUGGACAUCAAGUCAGCCUGGAGCUCUGGGACAACGGGGCAGGUGCUGAUACUGUUAAAAAUGAUGGCAUCUACACAAGAUAUUUUACAGAUUAUAAUGGAAAUGGUAGAUACAGCCUAAAAGUACAUGUCCAGGCAAGAAAAAACACAGCCAGACUGAGCUUAAGACAACAGAACAAUGCUCUAUAUAUACCUGGCUAUGUUGAAGAUGGUAAAAUUAUACUGAAUCCACCCAGAUCAGGAAUCCCAGAAACAGCAGCAGAAAUGACUGUGGAUAACUUCUGCAGAGUAGCCUCUGGAGGUUCGUUCACUGUGUUUGGAGCGCCCCCUGAUGGUAACCACGCUGUUAAGCACCCACCCAAUAAAGUCACAGACCUGGAGGCUGUGUUUAUAGAGCAUCAUAUUCACCUUACAUGGACGGCCCCUGGCAGGGUCCUCGAUAAAGGAAGAGCACAUAGAUACAUCAUCAGAAUGAGUCUGGAUUUCCAAGAUUUUAACAAUCAUACUUUAGUGAAUACUUCUGGUCUGAUACCUAAAGAGGCUGGCUCAAAAGAAACAUUUAAAUUCAAACCAGAAACUUUGGAAAUACGAAACGGCACCAAUGUCUAUAUUGUGCUUCUAGCUGACAAUGAAGCCGGCCUCACUUCGGAUAUCUCCAACAUUGCACAGGCUGUCAAGUUCAUUCCUCCAGAACCUGAUAUCUCUGCAAUGGGUCCUAAUAUUUCUGCAAUCUGUCUAACAGUCUGGGGGUUAACUGUGAUUUUUAACUGUAUUUUAAACUAG